CCAUUCAACGACAUCGAGUUAGCUUUGUCAUACACACAUCACUCACACAUUUCAAACUCAAAAUUAUGGCUGUACCACAAAAUUCAAUUGAGUCCCCAAUCGAUCAUCAAAAUUCAAGUGUAUACCAAAAUCUAUCGAAAAAUCCCCAGGAUGUAAUUUCUACCAACAUAUCUACUAUUGCGUUGAGUCCAACAGUUUCCGUUCGUUCGAAGUACGACCGGUCGAUUUCAUCGACCGUUCAAAGCACUAGCCAAGUGAACGAGCAAAGGAAAAGUAUAUUGGAAGACAAUGGCUACGAACGGAUUCAAGAGGUCGGUGUCGGUACUUAUGCCAAAGUGAUCACCGCCUAUUCGGCCAAGGAGAAAAACAUUGUUGCCAUCAAAAUCAUAUCCAAAUUGACGACGUCGAAAACAUUCAAGAGGAAAUUUCUGCAUCGUGAAAUCGAUGUAGUUCGCGGACUGAAUCAUCGCAAUAUCAUCCGAUACUAUCGUAGCAUCGAAACGACGCAUCGCAUCUACAUCAUAAUGGAAUAUGCCCGGAAUGGAUCACUUUUGGAUAUGAUACGGCGAGAGAGUUAUUUCAGUGAAGUGAAAGCUCGACAUGUUUACCGUCAACUGUUUGAUGCACUCGAGUAUAUUCAUAGUCGAGGCAUUGUACAUCGUGACAUCAAAUGCGAAAACAUUUUGUUCGACGACAAUAAUGUGCUGAAAAUUAUUGACUUUGGCUUUGCGUCGUGCUACUACAGAGGCAGUAGAGGUGCAAUGUCCGAAACGUAUUGUGGCAGUCGGGCCUACUGUUGCCCGGAACUGUUAAAACAGAAACCGUACAAUCCGCAAUCGGCCGAUAUUUGGGCCAGUGGUGUCGUUUUGUUUGCAAUGGUGUACGGGAAGUUACCGUUCGACGACAGCGACUUGGCAAAGUUGUUGAAACAGGUUCAGAGCAAGGUUCAGUUUCCGGACAAGCCGAUAGUGAGCCGAAAAUGUCAACAGCUGAUAUCGGCUAUUCUUGCACCGUUCAAGAAGAGAGCUACGUUGGCACAAAUUAACCAAUUUGAUUGGAUGAUUCAAAAUGGUGUGGAAAAUGGUUUUCCAUCUGACUGACGAGUGUUACAGUUUUGAAUGAAAUUCCAU